AAAAGGCGGAGCGGAUCCUGGUGGAAGAGAGAGCGGGGGGAGCAGUGCGCAGAGACGCAGCACCGGGCGCAGACACUGCGCGCUCCGCCACAGGUCCAUGAUGAGUGACUCUGUGAGGGAGCUGCCUCCAGGGGGCAGCACUGAUCCAAGCUCCAGACACAAAGUUCUGUCCUUAAAGAGUAACCGCUCCAUGGGUCUUCCUCCAGAGUUUAAAGAACCAGGACCAGAGACUGGAGAGGAGAGCGCAGAGGGCCCCAGAGGAGACUGUGAGCUGGACUCUAUUUUCCAGCGUCUGGAGGAGCAGGUCCUGGCAUUUGUCCGGCUGCAGCUGCAGAGGCUCCACAGGCUCCUGGCCUCAGAUUACCCAGAAUGCUCUGAGAGUGAGGGGGAGGAUCCGAGCAGAGAGGCAGUCUUUACCAUCACCUUGGACUUCCUGAAGAGGAUGGACCAGAACGAUCUGGUCCAGCGUCUGUGGACCAGUCAGAAUUCUAAGAUUAGGAGAGAAGUGAAGAGUCGCCUGGUACAGAAGUUCAGCCGUGUGUGUGAGGGCAUCGCCAAAGAAGGAAACUCAUCUGAACUGAAUCAAAUCUUCACAGAGCUGUACAUCACAGAAGGAGAGUCCACAGAGGAACAUGAGGUCAGACACAUUGAGGCAACAGCCAGAAAACCAGAUGCUGCAGAGACCGUCAUCAAGUGUGAAGACAUGUUUAAACUCCCCACACGCAGACCAAUCAGAGGAGAACUGACCAGACAGGAACUAAUGACAACAGAGACACAGCGACCAAGAAUUGUACUGACGAAGGGCGUGGCUGGCGUGGGGAAAACAGUGCUGACUCAGAAGUUCAGUCUGGACUGGGCUGAAGGCAGGGCCAACCAGGAUCUCCAGCUGCUCUUCCCGUUCACUUUCAGAGAGCUCAAUGUGCUCAAAGACACCCAGUUCAGCCUGGUGGGACUGCUGCACCACUUCUUCAGUCCAUCCAAAGGUCUCUGCAGCUUCCAACAGCUCCAAGUGCUUUUCAUCUUCGAUGGUCUGGACGAGUGCAGACUUCCUCUGGACUUCAGCCGAGCUCGUGUCGUGACUGACCCCACAGAGUCUACCUCAGUGCAUGUCCUGCUGGUAAACCUCAUCAAGGGGAGUCUACUUCCCUCUGCUCGUCUCUGGAUAACCACGCGCCCUGCUGCAGCCAAUCAGAUCCCUGCUGAAUGUGUCUCCUUGGUGACAGAGGUACGAGGGUUCACUGACCCUCAGAAGGAGGAGUACUUCAGGAAGAGGUUAAGAGACGAGGCCACAGACGUCAUCUCCCACAUCAAGAGCAUCCGCAGCCUCCACAUCAUGUGCCACAUCCCGGUCUUCUGCUGGAUCCUCGCCAUAGUUCUACAGAAGCUUCUGGAACAAACAGAGAAAACAGAGCUGCCCCGGACUCUCACACAGAUGUACAUUCACUUCCUGGUGGUGCAGACCAAAAUCAAGAACAUCAAGUAUCACCAGGGAUCAGGGGCGGACCUUCAUUGGACUCCAGAGACCAGGGAGAUGGUGUGGUCUUUGGGAAAAGUGGCCUUUGAGCAGCUGCAGAAAGGAAACCUGAUCUUCUACGAGUGUGACCUGAGCGAGUGUGGGCUGGAUGCUGCAGAGGCCUCUGUGUACUCCGGAGUGUUCACACAGGUCUUUAGAGAGGAGCCAGGCCUGUACCAGGACAAGGUCUUUUGCUUCAUCCAUCUGAGUGUGCAGGAGUUUCUGGCUGCUCUUCACGUCCAUCAGACCUUCUACAGCUCUGGGAGGAACCUGCUGGAGCCACUACACUCCUCUGAGAGUCCUAAGUCUGAGGCAGCCUUCUACCGCUCUGCUGUGGACCAGGCCUUACAGAGUCCAAACGGACACCUGGACCUGUUCCUGCGCUUCCUCCUGGGGCUGUCUCUGCCAACCAAUCAGAGGCUGCUGCAGGGUCUACUGACUCAAACAGGAAGUGAACAGAUCACUCAGGAGACAGUAAAGUACAUCAAACAGAAGCUGAAUGAAGAGGGUGUGUCUGCAGAGAGAAGCCUGAACCUGUUCCACUGUCUGAACGAGCUGAACGACCACAGUUUGGUGAAGGAGAUCCAAAAGAACUUGGCAGAAGGACGUCUGAAGGCAGAAAAACUGUCUCCUGCUCAGUGGUCAGCUCUGUCCUUCGUCUUAUUGUCCUCAAAUUCAGACCUGGAGGAGUUUGACUUGAGGAAAUUCUGUCCCUCAGAGAAGGCUCUGCUGAAUCUGCUCCCGGUCAUCAAGGCCUCCACCAAAGCCACUCUGGCCGUCUGCAAUCUGACGAAGCACAGCUGUGGUCCUCUGGCCUCAGUCCUCAGCUCCUCCAGUCUCACUCACCUGGAUCUCAGUAACAACGACCUCCAGGACUCAGGAGUGGAGCUGCUGUGUGAUGGGCUGAAGAGUGAGUCAUGCAGACUGGAGACACUCAGAUUGAACUUCUGUGGCCUGUCCCCUCAAAGCUGUGGUCCUCUGGCCUCAGUCCUCAGCUCCUCCAGUCUCACACACCUGGAUCUCAGUAACAACGACCUCCAGGACUCAGGAGUGGAGCUGCUGUGUGAUGGGCUGAAGAGUGAGCCAUGCAGACUGGAGACUCUCAGGCUGUCUGAAUGUCUGGUCUCAGAGAGGGGCGGGGCUUUUCUAGCCUCAGCUCUGAGCUCCACCCUCUCCCAUCUGAGAGAGUUAGACCUGAGCUACAACCAUCCAGGACCCUCAGCACGGCUCCUGACCGCUUUAUGUGGCCACUGUCCCCUGCUGUCUGUCAGGUUGGAUCCUUCUGGAGAGCGCUGGAUGGUCCCAGGUCCCAGAAAAUAUUACUGUGAGCUCACCCUGGAUCCAAACACAGCACGCUGUGAGCUCAAAGUGUCUGAGGACAAACGGACUGUGACACGGGACACACCAUCACAAGCUCCAGAUCAUGAGGACAGAUUCAGAGACUAUCGUCAGGUCCUGGGCUCCUCCGGCCUCAGGGGGCGCUGUUACUGGGAGGUGGAGUGCAGAGGGGAUGUUGAUGUAGCAGUGAGUUACAGAGGAAUCAAUAGAAGAGGACGUGGUGAGGACUGUGAGUUUGGACACAAUGAUCAGUCCUGGGCUUUGAGGAUCAAGAAUGGACAAUAUGAAUUUUUACACAAUGAGAGAAAAAUGCCUGACUCUCUGCUCUUCAAUAUAAUUUAUGCAUAUAAGAAACAUUUCAUCCCAGACUCUAUGAUCCCCAGAGUGGGUGUGUUCCUGGACUCUGAGGCUGGAGCUCUGUCCUUCUUUAAGGUCCUCUCUGAUGGAGAACUGUCCCACCUCCACACCUUCAGCGCCUCCUUCACUGAGCCUCUGUUUUUGGGGAUUGGACUGAGGUGGUUCGGCAGUUCUGCUUCUCUAUUAUAGAUGGGGAGGUUAUAGCGCCCUCUGGAGGACUUCCCCGCUUUGUGAGCUGAGCAUGUAUUCAUGUGGUCCUCAGUCCUUGUCUCAUCUGUUGUUUUAACUUAAAUAAUCAUUUUAUUAUUAUCAUUAUUAUUAGUCAUAUUGUCUGCUUGUUUAAUCUGUGGCGCUCUUCUGUAAAUGUUUUGAUUCUUGAAAUGAUGUUGAAUGAAGAAUGUUUAAUGAUGAAAUGUUCCCAGUAACUAUGAACUGAGACCCUGUUUUGACUGUGUUUUCAGGUCAGUUUUUUUGGUGGGACUGUGGUCUGAUGGCUGCUGUAGGACUAACCAGUUUAGUUUUUGCCCUGUGGUCUGUGGAUUAUGGACUUGCGUGAUUAUGAACUGUAAUAUGAAUUUGAGUUAUUUUGAACUGAACUCAAAUCUUAAAAAAGGGAAUGAACUCAACUCUCUAAAAUAUUUGACAUGGGACUGCCUUUCUUUUUGUUGUUUUUAAAAAGGUUUUAUUUUUAUUCAAUUUUAUUUAAUUAAACAUUACCCCAACUACCAUAUAUUAGAACUUUUGCCAAAUACAUUUCAAUUUACUUCAGUCAAAUCUGUGUUCUGUCAUCCAUGUGCUCCUUGAGCAGCCCAGUUCUUCUGAGUACAAUCUUGUUAUAAAAAACAGCACAACCAACAAAAAAUAUAAUGGUGGUUACAAACACCUAAAAACAGCAACAAUGAUACUUUUAAGUACGCGGUAAGGUCACAGGAUGUUUCACAGUACCCAGUGUCCUACAGGUUUGUCCUGAUACUACAGGGGCUGUAGUUAAAGGUGCAUUUUGUAACUUUCCCUUUAAGGGUCAGCCUUGUUUCCAUGGAGAGGUUAUUGUUUAGAAUGGCCCAUAACUGAACACAUGUAUUCAAUCCACACGAGGAUCUGACACGUCCAGUGCAUCAACUAAAAACCUGCACAAAACUAUAUGAGAAUGAAACAGCAUCUUCUUGCCCCGCUCAUUGUCUUCAUGAGGGCAAGAGACAGGAUAACCACUCUGCCACAGGAACACAGGGAGGACAUGGCCACUGGCGAUGUCCAAAUCUCAGAUGGCGGUCAGGAGACACUGUAAAUCUAUGUGAAAAGCAGCAAUUAAAGCAAUUUAAAGGUGCACUAUGUAACAUUUCUCCUCCACUUAGUUGUCAGUGUUCAGUCCUGGUCCAGACCUGGUUCUUCCGCAUCGACCUAGAGGAGUCCGUUUGUCCAAAGCUCACACUUCACACAAUGUAAAUAACAUGUUUUAAGUUUUCUAUCCAUGGGUUUCACAAUGAUAAAAAGAUUGGACCGUUACCAUACAACUUAACAUUUCAAAACAAAAUGUAUCUUUUGAAUUGUCAAUGGUCAACUGUCCUCAAAAUGGCUCCAUAGAACAGGAAUCUGAAAGCCAUGAAUAUUUAUUAAGUUUAAGGUCUUUACAUGUGGUCUGUACACUGUAUUUAUGUUUGCCCA